CUAGCUCUUUCGGAUGUCGCUGCUCGUCUUUGUUCCGGUGCGUGACUGAGAAGGCGGCGUCAUUGCGAUUAGAAAGAUGGCGGUGGACGGGCCUGAACAGAUGGAGCUCGAGGAAGGGAAAGGAGGCUCGGGACUGCGGCAGUACUACCUGUCCAAGAUCGAGGAGCUCCAGUUGACAGUCAAUGAAAAAAGUCAGAAUCUGCGGCGUCUUCAGGCCCAGCGCAACGAGCUCAACGCUAAAGUGCGACUCCUGCGUGAAGAACUCCAGCUGCUCCAGGAGCAGGGCUCCUACGUCGGGGAGGUGGUGAGGGCCAUGGACAAGAAGAAGGUGCUGGUGAAGGUUCAUCCUGAGGGGAAGUUUGUGGUGGACGUCGACAAAAACAUCGACAUCAAUGACGUAACUCCCAACUGCCGCGUGGCGCUGAGGAACGACAGUUACACGCUUCACAAAAUCCUCCCUAACAAGGUGGACCCCCUGGUGUCGCUGAUGAUGGUGGAGAAGGUCCCCGAUUCGACCUACGAGAUGAUUGGCGGACUGGACAAGCAAAUCAAAGAAAUCAAGGAGGUCAUCGAGCUGCCAGUCAAACACCCAGAGCUGUUUGAGGCUCUGGGCAUCGCACAGCCCAAGGGCGUGCUGCUGUACGGACCGCCUGGAACCGGGAAGACCCUGCUGGCCAGAGCGGUGGCACACCACACGGACUGCACCUUCAUCCGCGUGUCGGGGUCCGAGCUGGUGCAGAAGUUCAUCGGAGAAGGGGCACGCAUGGUGCGGGAGCUGUUUGUGAUGGCGCGGGAGCAUGCGCCCUCCAUCAUCUUCAUGGACGAGAUCGACUCCAUCGGCUCGUCGCGCUUGGAGGGGGGCUCGGGUGGCGACAGCGAGGUGCAGAGGACCAUGUUAGAGCUGCUCAACCAGCUUGACGGCUUUGAAGCCACCAAGAAUAUCAAGGUUAUCAUGGCCACCAACAGGAUCGACAUCUUGGACUCGGCGCUGCUCCGGCCCGGCCGCAUCGACAGGAAGAUCGAGUUCCCCCCGCCGAACGAGGAGGCCCGCCUGGACAUCCUGAAGAUCCACUCGCGCAAGAUGAACUUGACGAGGGGGAUCAACCUGCGCAAGAUCGCCGAGCUCAUGCCGGGCGCGUCGGGCGCCGAAGUGAAGGGCGUGUGCACGGAGGCGGGCAUGUACGCGCUGAGGGAGAGGCGGGUGCACGUGACGCAGGAAGACUUCGAGAUGGCCGUGGCCAAGGUCAUGCAGAAGGACAGCGAGAAGAACAUGUCCAUCAAGAAGCUGUGGAAGUGAGGGGCGGGCGCGCGCGCUCGUGCUCAUUCGUGUCUCGUUUCAUUUGCUAAUAAACGUCUGUGAUGUCGGGUCGCAA